GCACCGGAAAACCCCCCAGAUAUACCCAUGGAACAGGAGGAAGACAUUACGCCCAUCUCUCCGGAAUCCCGCACACCUCUCUCUCCACUUCAGUCAGCUGGUGGCCAAUCUUCCGGUCCACCGCCCAUCGGUUCAACUGGAGUAAAGGAUCCAGCAGCAGCCCCACCCAUCACUAUAACCAAGGACAAAUCGAAUGUUACACCCUCUGGGCCCAACCUGAUUACCCCUUCACCCAUGUGGUUGCCUAUUCAAUACGACCCCGAACAGCGGCUGUUCACAUUACCAGAGUCGGACCCCUUGGACAAAGCUGGUCCUCCUCCCAAAAAGUGGAAGGCAGCUCGACGUCAAAUCAGGACGCUGGGUGGCGGGUCUCUGGAAACCAAAGCCUGGGUCAGCGAUGGCGAAAUUGCCGUACCAUUGAAAGCACCCGCAGACUUUGUUCCUGGGUAUUAUGCUACGGCGUCAACCUCUCUUUCUGUCAAUAGCCCUGGAAUCAGCAGUGCCCUUCAAGGGUUGAUGGGACUCAGUUCCGCAGCACUGGGUAUGGGCGGCAGCAGUGGAAUAACUGGCACAUCCACAAGUAAGGCGUCCUUGAAUCCUGCUCCGAUAAAACGGGUCAAAAAGGUCAAGUCCGAUAUACAACUGGAUGCAAGUAGCGGUAUCGCGACCCCCUCGACGACGGGUAAUACACUAACGGGAAGGAAAAAAGGCACCGGACAAGUGAAGAGAACCAAAAAGUCGGCCACAGGCACAGCUACCCCGACUGUAGUGGACACACCUUUGGUCACUAUUAGUAAAGCUGUGUCCGACGUCGAUACAGAGAUGCAAAACGCCUGA